AUGUCUGACAUCACCGACUUCAUUUCCGCCCUCGAGGCCGCCCAGAGCAAGGCCAAGUUCACCCCCGAGGUGCAGAAUGCUGCCUCCGGCAUCGACCCCGCCACCCUCAAGGCCGCCGUUGAGGCCGCUCUCGCCAUGGGCGAGACCGAGAAGCUCUCCGACGACGCCCAGAUCGCCGCUCUCAAGCAGGGUCUUGAUUUUGCCGGCAAGCUGGUCAUGAUGCUGAAGACUGCUCCCGGUCCCUUUGAGAAGAAGGAUCUCUGGGUUUACUUCAAGAUCGGCAACAACGUCGUCCCCGAGAAGCCUGGCAUGUUCGACAUGGUGAAGAAGCAGCUCGUCGGCGAGUGGGAGAAGGUCAAGCACUACAGCGACCAGAAGGCUCAGGCUCUCUACAUCCAGAAGGUCAACGAGUUCAUUGGCAAGUACGGUCUUCGCGAUGAGUAA